AUGGCGAAUGUAGUCUUUAGCCGGGCUCUAGAGUGUGCUGAUACCGCUCGUGUUCCAGAUCACCGGGAAUGGGAGCAGCCGUUAAACGACUUGAACGCAAAUACGCUUGUAGCGUUCCGGGGUUUAGCGAAGCGCAAACGUCUUCUCCUGGCUCAGAAGCAGGCGAGCGACAUAUUGAGCUGUCAGCUGCAUGACGUCGAAGCUCUGCUUCUCGGGUUCCAAGACAAGGUUAAGACUUCCCAGGAUGAGGUCGUACACUUGCAGACGAAGCUUGAUGAAAUCCUGUCGGAGGUGACUCGAGUUGCGGAAGAACGCGGUCAGUUGCGACAGGAAGUGCCAACUCGCCCCGCAGCACCAGCAGAUAAAUCCAUCCCAAUGCUGCUGGGUGUAUUCCAGGAGGAGAUCAAGCAAUCCCGUGAACGUCUAGACGCAGCCGGGUCGUACGCCAUUUUUAACGACCUGGAACAACCGGUAUCUUGGGCUAUAUUGCUCCAUUUCCAGCGGACUUGGCAGCAUUGCCCAGGAGUCCAGCAUGCGCAUCUGGUAUCUCUCGCGGUUGUUCCUUCACCGAGACUGGGACUUCCGGUCACUAGGGCCCGGGACAAGGAUGCCCCUGAGGUUGCUUUGAGAUCUCAAACCCCCAAACCCGUCGCGUCGUCCUCACCUACGACGCCAUCCUUCACGAAAGGUCUGCUUUCUCAGUCCGUUCCCAGUUCACCCCGGACUCCUCAGUCUCCUUCCAUUCCUACGACCAAAACACUAACUGUUUCCGGUGGAGAGGCCCGGGCGGUGGGUACAAUGGAGGACUCUACACAACAGUUCUCGGACAUGGGUGGCCAGUCGAAGAUAUUCACGAAGGAGGCGCAGAAAGAGCGGGGAUGGAGGCAGACAUUACCAGGAUGUCUGCCGACGGCGUUCACCAGACAUGCCCCAGCUACGAUGACCCCCAGACCAAUCUUCGCAACAGCUUCUACCCAGUGA